AUGGACUGGAAGGUCGAAGCUUCCACUGUGGCACUAAUUUCCGAAAACCAAGAUGUAGAUGACAUGCUCACGAGGACUAGAAACCAACUUAUGAGAUGGAUUCACUGGGUGCCGAUUAAAGUCAAUAUUCUUGUAUGGCGCAUUGAGAUGGAUAAGGUCCCUACUCGGGUGGCCCUGGCCAGGAGAGGUUUGAGCCUCCCAUAUCACUCCUACCCGUUGUGUGAAGUUGCUCCGCAAACGACUGCAUACUUAUUAGUUGAUUGUGGUGUAUCGGAGGGUGUUUGGAAAGCUAUUUGGGGUUGGUGUAAGCUUAACGUGGCCCCGGUGUCAACCUUUGAAGAUAUUUUGAAGUUGCCGAGUGUUAGUGGGAAGCAAAACAAAUGGUAUAAAAGGAUUGUGAAAGGGAUUUUGAUGGUGGUGUGUUGGGCCUUAUGGAUUACAAGAAAUAAAAAGGCUUUUAAUGGGUACUCGACUAGAGUCAUAGAGAUUGUCGCUCUUAUGAAGUCUAUGUCGUUCUUUUGGCUUAAAAAUCGCUCCAAGUUUCGUGACUUGGAGUGGAAGGAUUGGUUUCGUUUCGAUUUGUAUAUGUUGUAA